UUCCCACAUACCUAGAGAAAGAAAAUCAUCAUAAAUUAUUUUCUCCGGAAAAUUAUACUCUCUCUCCUGAGUUUCUUGGUCCCAGAAUGGAAUUCUCAAGCUUAUAUUUUUUCUCCAUUCUUAUAGCACUCUGCAUCCACUUCCAGACCAGGAUGGCAUGCAAUUCAAAUGACAGGAUAGCUCUCAACGAUCUCUACUCUUGUUUAAAAUCAAAACCAGAUAGCUGGAAUAGCUCUUCUGCUGAUUGCUGUACUUGGGAUGGUGUCACUUGCAAUAAUUCCAGUGUUUCAAGUAAAAGAGUCAUUGGGCUAGAACUUGGGAACAAGAGACUCACAGGAACAAUCUGCGAGUCCUUGGCAGUUUUGGAUCAACUCAGAAUUUUGAACCUCUCCCAUAAUUUACUCCAUGGUACCCUUACAACUAAAUUGUUCAGUCUGCAGAAUCUUGAAAUUCUUGACCUGAGCAACAAUUAUUUUGUCGGGUCAAUUCCACUACAUGAUGAUAUGCGCUCAAUCAGGUUUAUCGACUUGUCAAAGAAUUACUUGAAUGGUACUGUCAAUGCAACACUUUGUGAAACCUCACCCCAUAUUCAAGUUCUCAACCUGGCAAGUAACAAAUUCACUGGUGAAGUUUCGACCACUUUUGGAAGAUGUACUUCUCUGCAGAAUCUCUCUCUCAAUGUCAAUAGUCUCUCAGGAAGUUUUCCUGGGGGCCUCUUGCAACUGAAAGACCUUCGCGCGUUGCACCUUGAAGGCAAUCAAUUUUCUGGACCACUGGAUGCUAGAUUAGGUAACCUUUCUAAUCUUGUGGAGUUGGAUAUUUCCUCCAAUAGGUUUUCUGGAAAUCUUCCUGAUAUUUUUGGGAAUCUUGGAAAGCUUGAGAAAUUCUCUGCCUUCACAAAUAAAUUCAAUGGCCACAUGCCCGAGUCAUUGGUAAAUUCCCCAUCCCUUAAAAUUCUUGAUUUGCACAACAACACCCUUGAUGGUCCCAUCAAUAUCAAUUGUUCUGCAAUGAUUCAUCUAAUUUCCCUGAAUCUUGGUUCUAAUAAUUUCCAUGGUCCAAUCCCUGAAACCUUCUCGUCUUGCCACAGCUUGAGUAUUUUGAAUCUUGGUAAAAACAAACUCGGGGGAGAGGUUCCUUACAACUUCAAGAAUCUCCAGGCCCUGACGUUCCUUUCACUCUCAAACACCAGCAUAUCAAAUAUCUCAAGAGCUCUUGAGAUACUACAACAUUGCAAAAACUUAACUACGCUAAUCCUUGGCAUCAAUUUUCAAGAUGAAGAAAUGCCUGGAGAUGUCAAUUUGCAGUUCAGAAAUGUCAAGGCCCUUGUCAUUCCGUUUUGUCAGCUGAGAGGUUCAAUUCCACUAUGGUUGACAAAUUGCAAAUCGCUGCAGUUGUUGGAUCUGUCUUGGAAUCUCUUGGGUGGAUCUAUCCCACUCUGGCUAGGCAAUUUCAAGAGUCUCUUUUACUUGGAUUUAUCAAACAAUUCUUUUACUGGCAACAUACCAAAAAGCUUGGCAGAACUACAAACCCUGGUCACCAAUACGGUCAUCCCACCAGAAGAAAUCGCCCCCGGUAUCCCUCUCUUUAAGUACCGAGAACAGGGCACUGGUUUGCAGUAUACAAAAAUUUGGAGCCUUCCACCAACUAUGGAUCUAAGUUUCAACAAGCUGACAGGACCAAUCUUGCCAAGUUUUGGGAGACUGAAAGGACUUCACGUUUUAGGACUAAACAACAAUGGUUUGUCAGGGCCAAUUCCGGCUGAUCUAUCAGGAAUGUCGAACUUGGAAGCUUUGGAUUUGUCCCAUAACAAACUAUCUGGAGAAAUUCCUACUUCAUUGGUAAAGCUCAACUUUUUAUCCAAGUUCAAUGUGGCAUACAAUCAACUUUCUGGAGAAAUCCCAGCAGGUGGCCAAUUCAUGACCUUUCCUUAUUCAAGCUUCCAGGGUAACAAAAAUCUAUGUGGCGGAGAUUAUGUUUCCUGUAGACCAGUACAAGCUCCUGUUCAGUCUCCUAGCAAAGAAGAAAUGAAAAUUGUUGGUUUGCCAUUUGAAAUAGGAAUUGCUACCGGCUUUGUCCUCUCUGUCGCAAUCUCCUUCAUGUCAGGCUGGGUGUUUUCAGUGGCAGAAAGAACUACUAGUACAAGUAGAUUUUUAUGCUGGAGGUAAGAAAAGGUUCAAGUUAGCAUAGGUAAAUCUUUAAAGAUUUGUC